AUGGUAGAAAAGACACAAAAGGCCAGGGUUCUUUCAGUAAAGUUGCAGUAUAAUCAUAAGCGUGUUGAUGACUUGGAAUCUGAGAAGACAGUCGUCAAAAGUUGUGAUUCUGAAAUUAAUCAGUAUCUGCAACGUCUUUUCGAGACUCAUGAUUCCAUAUUCAUAAUCUCUGUUAGACAACAUCUUUCGGAUAAACUUCAACCAGUGUUUUCCAUGUUAAAUGAAAUAGAAUGUGUUUCAGGAAGUGGUGCUCUUACGAAACAAGGGGGAAAAGGUAAAGGAGAAACCCAAGCAAAGCAAACCGCUGGUGAACAAGAACAAGAACAAAAACCAAAGGCAAAUGAUCAGAAUGGUAAUGAAGCUUCUGCAUCAAACAAGGGAAAAGAGAAACUUGUUGAUAAAGAAGAAGAAGAGUUUUCAGAAACCGAGAAUCUCAUUCGGAAAAAGAGAGAUAAAGAGUUGAACAAUCUUCUAAAAAUUUGUAAGGAGUUGGAAGCACAAGAAGCAGAGGCCAAAAUUGCAAAAGUGAUGCUUGAAAAUCUGAAGUCACUCUUUCCUUCUUGGUCAAUUAAAAGAAUUCAGAAGGAAGCUAUUAAUAAUCCAAGUGUUUAUUGGCUGCUUACAAUAUCUUUUGAGCUGAAUAACGAAGUAGAUUCACAAUUUGAUUUUCCAAUAACACCAAGAGCUUUUCGGUUUUGGUGUUUUGAGAAAAUAGAGAAGGCUCUGAUUCCUAACAAUGAGGUGAGUCUGAAACUCUUCAACUUCUACUUGAAGUAUGCCAAGCCUCAGUAUCAGUCUUGGAGCUUGAAGAGGAUUAUGGGGUUGAAGGUUUACUCAGCUAUGCCUAUAAAAGAUUUUAUGAACAUAAGGCUCAAGGGAUUUGUAGGAGUCGAUAGAGUAUUGGAUGAAUUCACUUUGGCAGACCUACCGUUUAUGAAUCCAUACCACUGGAUCUCUUUUUUCAACAUUGUUGUGAAAGAUGAGAAGAAAUACGAGCCCAUUAUUGCCCAUCUAAGAAGAAUGCUUAUUUGCUAUAUCCUAGUGAUUGCAAAGAUGGAUACAAAGAUAGCCUUGGUUUUGCAGAAAAUACCCACUAUGAAACCCGAAGAGGAGCCUAGGAAUUUUUAG